GGCAUUGUGCGUAGCAUUAGCUAGUGGCCAAUGGCUACUAGUAAAUAAGUUGCAAUUAUUUUUAAGCAUUCACUGUAGACGAAAUAUACUAUAGAAAUAUAGAUUAUAAUUGUAGUUCAUUUUUGCGGCGUUCUGUCGCUGUCGACUGUUGUGCGGUCGUCACUCGUCACCAGUCACACGUCAGUAGUGUCGACAGUGUCGUUCAAUAUAGUGUUUGUAUGUGUCAUUGCUCAUUAAUAAGUGGAGCGGAGCAACGUGUGUCUCCUUUGAAUAAAAUAAUCCGUAUUCAUUUUUUCGCAUCCCCUCCCUGCGACCUUGUGCGACGCGUAUUGUGUCGAGUGUAGACUGUCGACGGUUAUUCAUUCUGUUGUAAAUUAUUUCUGACAAAGACGUUUGUUUGACUGACGUGAAAAGUUUAAAUUAUAAACACAAAAUCCUAUCCCAUCGUAUUUUUGCUGAUUCGAGCAAUAUUAUCAUGAUUAGUGAUUACUAAGUACUAACGUUUUUCUGUUCCUUGAAUGUGUUGAGUGUUCACUGUUCGUCUGUUCAGUCGCGCGUGUGCUCUUUCGGGAGCCAAUAUAUUGAAUUUGACUUUAUCAUUGUCCAGAAAAUACUGUACACGCUCCAAACGCAGACAUGGAUUUCAAAUACCUUUUAAUAUGCGCGAUGCUAUCGAUUACAACCAGCAAUGUGUAUAGUACUGUGUCCUUUGAUGACAUUAACGACGUCUUUGAGUUGACUACCAAAGUGUUUGAUUUUGUCAGCAAAUCAUGGGAGGUUGCUGACAAAGUGGAAGAUCGUUUAGGUAAUGAAAAUACUCCACUUGUGUGGUACAUAAAAAAAAAAGAACGAAAGAUUUUAUCCUAUUUUGGACAAAUUACUCAGCUUGUGCAAGUCACCCAAAAAGAAACAAAUGACAUAAGGACUAUGAUGUUGGUUAGUCUUAAAAAGCUACAAUCCUUGCCUGAUGCUGUUUUGAAUGGCAUGCAAAUUAAUGAACUCUUGGACUCUGUCAGAUCAAUUGAAAAUGAUUUUAUGACUAUGGAAGAGUAUAAAUAUGAAGAAAAUGGUAAGAAUGAAAAAAGUGUAAAUUCUACAUAUACAUCUUAUACAUUAGAAAAAUUUGCGGAUGCAAUGUUGACAUACUCUUCGGGAUCUCCUCAUAAGCAAUUGGCUAAAAUUCACUCUUUCAUUGUUCCGGAAUGGGAAGGAUUUAAAUUUCAUACACAUGGCGGUAUUUUCAAUAUUUUAAAACACACUAUGGAAAAUAGUAAUGCACUUUGUGAGCAAAAACAAUCGUUACAACAGUUGAUUUUUAAUAUGUACACAACAUUGCAUCUUACUCAACUUAAAGGAUUUUCUGUUAUGCAAUAUUCGUGGAUGUUACUGCAAACUUAUGGAAAAGGAAAUUUUACAUUUGAAAGAAAAAAGCAAUUAGAACAAUUUGAGAAAAAAAUUAUUGAACAACUCAAUGCUUUAAAAUCUUCAAUAAUUUCUGCAAGUAAUAUCUACUGGAGAUGUGACCCAACAAGACAUGUUAAAGAUUCAACUUAUUUAGAAGUUACACAGUUAUUACAAGGUUACAUAGAAAAUGAAGCCGAUAUGAACAUUGAGCAGAGUUGCACAAAAGACUGUGGAUACUAUGAAGUUGCAGAACAUAAAUCAUGUUUUAGAGAUCAAUUUUGUGCUAAACAGCGUGUUUGUAAUGGACGUAUAUUAAAUUGUCAGUAUUUCGAUUCCGAUAUGAGAAUUUGUCAAUCUAAAUUUGGAAGCAAUAGGCGAUAUGAUUAUAUUUCGUAUGAAAGAGGUAAAGUUUUGGGUGAUACAUCAGUUGAAUGCAAAGGUACAACGAGCAUGGUGGACAGCUGGUGGAAUUUUUUGAUUUGGCAUUGUUCUUAUUGUUUUUGCAUUUGUGAUUCAACCGAUUCUUCUUCUGAUAGAUAUUUCAGUUUAAAACCUUCCGUAUCUAAUAUUAAAGAAAAUAAAGUUAUAACAGGUUUAAGAUUUAUUAAAGUUAAACAAAUGUUCCAUUUACAAGCACAAGAAGGUGUACUUAGCCAUCGAGGAACAAUACAUGAACCUUCCAGACAAUGGAUUCAAGUACCGGGUUCUGAUUUUUCUUAUAAGAAUAAAACAUUAAAAGAUGGUGUUGACUAUCAUACAUUAACAUAUGAAGCUCGCACUAUUGAUAUUGAUAAUGUAAUUGCUCCUGAAAAUACAGUUGUUACAGGAGUAAAAUUUAGAAAGAUUGGAUCUCACCUUAAUAUUGAAGUUCGUGUUACACCUUUUGAUUUUAUGACCGGUAAACUUAUUGAACCCGAGUUGAAAAGUUAUUGGAUUGGAAAUGAAAACACUGAACUGUCCGCAAAUCCAAGAACCCAUAUUGACAUAAGUAAUUCAGAUCUGCCUACCAAAUCAACUACUCCAUCUGAACCAGAUAUGUCAUCAAACAAAUACCUUACGUUUACACAUUCAUCUAUUGAUCGUGAUGUUGCUCAAACAACAUUACCUUUUAUUGACAUGCAGAUAGUAGCACCAUAUCCAGGUAUACCAUUUUCUGGAUUAGGAAUUUACUUUAAAGGGACAAAAGGUUAUGGUGGAUUUAUUGGCGCUAAUAUUUUUACAUACAAUUUAACUAAUAACAUAAAUUCCAAAUUAUUCUCAGUACAUACAAUAUAAGAGUGUUGAUUAUUUUUUUUUUAUCUUUUUUCUAUUAUGUUAAGAAUCU